CCGAGUUCUUUGGUCGCUCAAGCACAAGAAUAAAGGAGUCAAGGCACUCAUACCAGUCAAGCAGUUUAAUAACCCCGUGAUGACCAUUUACUCUGCGAAUUACAAUACCAAUAAGACAAAAGAGACAUUUUACAAAUUGGGUAUAAGUGUUCAAAGUUCGCGGAUAACGAGAUUAUAAUAGGGUUGGGCGAUUUCUAUUUAUGAAACUUUUUGGAGUCAUAGUUGCACUGCUGGUUUUAAGUCACGGGGUUUCGCAACAGGUCUACAAUGGAAGUAUAACCGAAAGUACAACAUCAGAAGUUACCAGAAAUAAUGGCCCAGCGAAAGGUGCAAAGCCUGGUGUUGUGUGCGGCGAGGGAUCUAUAGAUCUAUCCAUACCUAGGGUCAUGUUACCGUCUGGCUUGGCCGCUGACAGAGUUCUGUUUCGAUCUGACACCUCGGCACCCUGCAGGGGAAGAAAUUCGGAAAGAGAGAAAAUUUUGUUGAAGGUUCGGUUUCGACCGAGACGGUUGUGUGGGACUACUGAAACGAUCAAUGGGUUACAAAAGAUGUACAGAAACGAAAUUGUUUAUUUCGAUGCAAACUCAGGACAGAUUCGAAGCGUUUUCAACUUUUCAUGUUUAUAUUAUAAUGAAAAACAUGUUCCCUUUCUCUCGCAAUCAAAAAGAAUUAAACUGGUUGAGUCUCAGACCAAUGAAGACGUCUUAUAUGAACUCAGCAUUCAUCGUGAUUUAUCUUUUUCAAACCGGUCGUUAUUUUCGGAGAAUUUUCCAGAAGUAUCGGUUAAUCAAUUUGUCUUCGUUCAAAUCGAGGCCAAGUAUACAGCUCAAACGACAGCGCCUUUCUUCGGCAUCCAAGAAUGCUACGCGAGCGUUCACCCCGAUGUAGCAGAGCGAUCAAAGCUACAUAAAUUCAUUAAUAUAGGAUGCGCCCAUGCACACGAUACUACGGUUUCCGUUUUGAGUGCAAACGAUCCAACACUCUUUCAAUGGAAAUUCCAAAUGUUUAAAUGGGUGAAUGUGACCGUACAGCGUAUCUACCUAUUCUGUGUUAUUUCUAAUUGCAAUGAACGAGUUAGACGAUCAUGUGGUUCGAAUACCACGUCUUUUGCCUGCUCCAGCACCGAAGAGGCUUCCGGCAUGGGAAAUUUCAACAAUAUAAACAACACCGAACCACAAACUGAAGAAACUCGUGUUACAUUAUCACUUGGACCAAUAUUUUUGUCUAGUUCAAAAUCGACACUAAAUGGACAAAGGGGUACAGGGGGUUCGAAGACAAAUUUUCUACCGUUCCCAAAAAACAAACAAGGUGAUCAAAGGACAGUUCACAUUGCUGUAGGAGCGGUGGCUGGUGUGUGUGGUGUCAUCAUCUUAUCUGCUGUGUUUGCGAUCAUGAGAAGGUACAUGAAAAGACGAGCUCAUAGACCCAGCACCAAAACCAACACAAAAGUGGAUCGAAUUCAACAAGGUUUUGCUUUCGUUUUGAGAUCAUCCGACGAUACAGAUGUUUUCCACCAGAUGUCAGCACAGAGUCGUAAACACAAGAAAAAGCGUGUUCGCAAACCGAAGCGGGUUUCGACUUUCAGCGGCGAACGCCCUGGCAGUGCGCCAGUCAAACGUAGCGUUUCACUUCAACAAAGUCGGCCAGUUGGUCUACAGCUUGAAAAAGACGGCGCCAAGACCAAAACGCUGGAAGAAAACAGAGCCUCAAACGGCACGGCAUAGCCUAUAGCAUUGUCAUGACUUGGCGCCAGUUUAACGUACAUAAACAAUACAGCGAACUGUUGCUGAUACAGUGUGAUCAUCGCUCGCAAUUAAACCCGCAUUCCUCCGGCUGCUCUUGCGGGUAACCAGCAAAUGAAACGUAGAACUCUAACCCGACAAAAUCGCUCUUAAUCCUAUGAUGCGUGGUUUAAAAACGUGAUCUCAGGUGCCGGAGUUUAUGACCUUUGGAAGAGGAAAUAACUUGUUUUGGUGUUUAACCCGACGGCACGAAUCACGAGCGACUUCCAGGUUAAAAAUAUGGCCUUGUAUAUUCAAGGGAAGGGUUGCACGGCAAACCCAAACAAACUAAAUCGCCUUGAAGUUGAUAAUGUUAGUGAAUGGAAGCGCUGAUUUUAAGCUCUGUUUUCCGGUCUAGGAUCUCGCUUCCUUCCGUAGGUUUGAAAACUAAACGUUUCUAAAACGAAUAGCAACUUUGUACUUGAAUCUUGCACAUCAAAGGCCGCUAAGCCGUUAUGAAACCCUUGCCAGUUCAAUUCCGGCCGAAUAAAAUGUCAUCACGCUGAUGCAAUCCA